AUGGAGGAAGUGAGAAUUUCCCCCGGGGGAGCUGACAAGGGCUUGGAUACAGAGAAGAAUCCUGAGACGGUUGAGCAUCCUCUGACCCAAGGAGAAAGCAGUGCAUUCUUGGCCAGGAUCUGCAGCCCCAUUUCCAAGGCAUGCGGCUUUUGUAAAUCUCAUUCUGAGCUACUGCGUAAGAUCUUCUUGGGCCUUCUCGGUGCAGCUUACUUGGCCUUCUUCAUCGCAGCCUGUUGGCUGAACUUCCAACGAGCCUUGCCUUUAUUCAUUCUGACUUGCAUGGGGGUCCUUCUUGUGACCUAUAACUUGGUGCAGAAAUGGUGGGGGGCGCAGAUCGCCCAGUUGCUGAGCCCCGUCGGGAAAUGCUUCCAGGGAUCCUGGCCCAAGUUGAAAUGGGUGCUUUAUCUCCUCAUUCUAGUUGGCCUGGUCACGUUCCUAGUUCUCGACUUGUCCCAAAAGCAAGAGCAGCUGGUAUCGCUGGGGGGCUUCUGUGUGUUGGUGCUGGCCCUCUUCCUCUGCUCCAGGCACCACAGCGCAGUGUCCUGGAGAACGGUGUUCUGGGGGCUCGCCCUGCAGUUUCUCCUCGGAGUCUUCAUCAUCCGGACGGAGCCCGGGUUUCAGGCUUUCCAGUGGCUCGGCAAACAGAUCACGAUAUUCCUAAAUUUUACCCGGGCUGGUUCCACCUUCGUCUUUGGGACACGACUGGUUGAAGAAUCCUUUGCUUUUCUGGUUUUACCCAUCGUCGUCUUCUUCAGCUGUGUGACGUCUAUUCUCUACUACCUGGGAGUCAUCCAGUGGGUGAUCCUUAAGAUCUCCUGGCUGCUGCAGAUUACCAUGAACACAACCACCACGGAGUCGCUGAGCGUGGCAGGGAACGUGUUUUUGGGAAUGACGGAGGCUUUGCUGCUCAUCCACCCAUACUUGGCAGAACUGACCGGCUCAGAAAUCCACGCCGUGAUGACAGGCGGCUUCUCCACAAUCGCCGGCAGCGUGCUGGGAGCCUACAUUUCGUUUGGGGUAGACGCCUCGUCCUUGAUCGCAGCCUCGGUGAUGGCCGCCCCCUGUGCUUUGGCGAUGGCCAAACUCGUCUACCCCGAAGUGGAAGAGUCCAAGUUCUGGAAUAUGGAGAGUGUGAAAAUUGCCUCUGGGGAGCAGGAGAACAUUCUAGAAGCCGCCAGCAACGGGGCCGCGAUUUCCGUGGGGGUGGUCGCCAGCAUCGCAGCCAACCUGAUUGCUUUCCUGGCCGCGCUGGCUUUCAUCAACGCCAUGCUGGCUUGGCUGGGGAACAUGGUCGACAUCCCGGGACUCUCUUUUGAGAUGAUCUGCUCCUACGUGCUGGUGCCGUUGGCAUUCUUGUUGGGGGCCAGCUGGGAGGACGCGCCCGUGGUGGCCGAACUGCUGGGGAUCAAGUUCUUCCUGAAUGAGUUCGUGGCCUACCAGCAGCUGUCCACGUACAAAAAGCGGCGACUCGACGGACUGCCUGAGUGGGGCAGGGCAAAGAAGCAGUGGAUUUCAGUGAGAGCGGAAAUCAUUACGACAUUUGCCCUCUGUGGAUUUGCCAAUCUGGGUUCCACUGGGAUCAUGCUAGGAGCCUUAACGUCCCUGGCACCACAGCGCAAAAGUGAAUUUUCCAGCAUCGUCCUGUCGUCUUUGUUCACCGGAGCUUGCGUCUCUCUCAUCAAUGCAUGCGUUGCAGGGAUCUUGUACAUGCCCAGAGGAGAUGUGACCGAUUGCCCAGCCUUCUUCAGGACAGCCAACCUCAAUUCCACCAGCUACUCAAUCUACCUUUGCUGCAAAGACUUAUUUUCCAGCUCCUCCAAGAGAACGGACGGCUCCUUUUCUUUCUCUGGCCCUUGGCAAAGUCAGGAUGUCAACACUACAGUGACAUAUCUCCAGCAGUGCUGCCAUCACUAUAAGGCCCGGGUCUGCGGAAAGCCUUAA